AUGUCGCUGUUUCACCCUGCUAUCCAGCCUCAUGUCCUCAUCUUUGUCGAUAACAAGAAACUUGCUGCUUGUAUUGCCUCUCAUCUCGACUCAUGCCUUCCUCCCACUAUUCAAAACAAAGGUAUUGUUGUUCAUUACCACAGCAAAAUGCCUGAGAAAUACCUUAAAAAAGCUCAUGACUCUUUCAUCAGGGAGGAUGGCAUAUGUCGGAUAAUGGUUGCAACGUUGGCCCAAUCAGUAGGUGUGGACUUUCCAAAUGUGAAGAUUGUUUGCACUGUCAGCCUUCCAUCAACAACAACUGAUACCCUUCAGUGCGGAGACCGUGCCUUCCACAACUCUACUGAGGAUGCGCUCUUUGUUAUCUUCUAUGAGCCCUGGAUAGAAGAAAUCAGUCUUGACAACUUCAAGAAUUUUGACAUGACUGAUCUUGACCGCCCUCGCAUGACCCUCAAAGCAAAUUCUCAGCUCCAUGAGCGUGCCCCCUUCUACAGGGUCAAGAUAUGUCAAGAAAUUUCAUGUACCCGAAAAGGAUUUGCAAACUACCUUGGGGACCAGUCAACUGAUGGUAUGGCAUACAUCACACUCACUGCUUGA